AAAAUGAUGAUGGGGUCGUGUUUAGUUAAAAAUUGGUGUAAUAUUAUUGUUUUUAUUUUAAUGGUUUUUUGUUGUGUAAAUAUUUUGGAAAUUGAUGGAGCAUGGCAGGAGAAUGUCCGACCAAAGAUGUCUGUUCAAUUAGGCGCCGAAGAUGUGUUCCGGUUUUCCGGUAACGACAGCCAUUCUGACUACUUCCGGUUGAUUGUACGAGAUGAAGAUUCUCUUCUUAUUGGUGCACGAAAUUUGGUGUACAAUUUGAGUAUAACUGAUUUGUCAGAGUUGCAACGAUUAACAUGGUACUCCAAAGAUACAGAUGCCAAAAUGUGUGUUAUGAAAGGAAAAGACGAGGAAAAUUGUCAAAAUUAUAUAAGAAUAUUGACAAAAAUAACCCCAAACAAAUUAUUGGUUUGUGGUACAAAUUCUUUUAAACCAAUGUGCCGAGAAUAUGGAAUACACCCUGGUAACUAUACAGUGGAAAAGGAUAAGACAGGACAAGCUUUAUGUCCGUACGAUCCAUAUCAUAAUUCAACAGCAAUUUUUGUUGAUGGUGAUCUUUAUACGGGCACCGUAGCUGAUUUCAGUGGUAUGGACCCAAUGAUAUAUAGGGAACCGUUACAGACGGAACAGUAUGAUUCUAUGAGUUUGAAUGCUCCUGAUUUUGUAAGUUCGAUGACCCAAGGAGAUUUCGUAUACUUUUUCUUUCGAGAAACAGCUGUAGAAUAUAUAAAUUGUGGAAAGGCUGUGUAUUCCCGAGUUGCUCGAGUUUGUAAAUAUGAUCGAGGUGGUCCACAUCGUUUCCGAAAUCGGUGGACUUCAUUCUUAAAAUCACGAUUAAAUUGUUCAGUUAGUGGAGAUUUUCCAUUUUACUUUAAUGAAAUUCAAUCCACAACGGAAUUAAUUGAUGGCGAAUACGGUGGUACAAGUGCUCAAUUAAUAUAUGGAACUUUCACAACACCACCAAAUAGUAUUUCGGGUAGCGCAGUUUGUGCAUUCUCAUUACAAGAUAUCUCGGAUACAUUUGAGGGGAAUUUUAAAGAACAGGCUGCUUUAAAUUCCAAUUGGUUGCCAGUUCAAAGUGUUAAAGUUCCAGAUCCACGGCCUGGUUUAUGUCACAAUGAUUCCAGAACGUUGCCAGAUUUAACAUUAAAUUUUAUUAAGCAACAUUCGUUAAUGGAUGAAAGUGUUCCUUCAUUCUUUGGACAACCAAUUAUAAUUAGAACUAGUUUUCACUAUCGUUUUACACAAAUUGCUGUUGACCCUCAAGUAAAAGUGCCUGGUGGAAAAACUUACGAUGUAUUAUUUAUUGGAACAGAUAAUGGAAAAGUAAUCAAAGCAGUAAAUGCAGAUUCAGCAGACGCCAGAAAUCGUGUAAAUUCAGUUGUUAUUGAAGAAAUCCAAGUAUUCCCAAUCCAUAUGGCUGUGCGAAACCUUCAAGUGGUUGAUGGCCGUUUAAUUGCCGUAUCUGAUAAUGAAGUGCAAUCAUUGCGCUUACACCGUUGUGAUAGUAACCAAAUAAGCAGUUGUAGCGAAUGUGUUGCAUUGCAAGACCCGUAUUGUGCUUGGGACAAACAAUCGGGUAAAUGUCGUUCAUAUGGUGCACCACGUUGGGACGAAGAGAACUUCUUCUAUCAAAGUGUUUCAACGGGUCAACAUGCAGCGUGUCCCGCUAGUAGUGUCCUCGGGAAAGAUGCUGGUAGCGUUGGCGGAUUAAGUUCAAGUCAGCCAAAUCAAGAUAUUAUGCGACCCAACAAAGAUCAACAAGAUGGUGAAAUUGUAAAUAUUAUGCAAGAAAAAGAGUAUGACAACAGUGGUCCUUCUGUAGCAGCCGCUGACAAUCUUCCACCACAAUAUUCAAUUGAAACAUUGAUAAUGGCUGUUGUUGCUGGAGCUGUUACAGCGCUUGUUGUUGGUUUUGCCGCUGGAUACUUUUGUGGUAGGAAAUGUCACAAGGAUGAAGAUGAUAAUUUACCCUAUCCUGACACGGAGUAUGAAUAUUUCGAACAGCGACAAAAUGUUAAUAGAAUACAAGCUGAACCAAAACUUCUUCCACAAGAAGAAGUCACAUAUGCUGAGCCAGUGUUAGUUCCACAACCUCCACCCAAAUUACAUUCACCAAAGAGUACGGUACGAAAUAAAGGUCCACAUCAGAAUAAUGCUGAAACAUUGUUCCAAUUUCAAACAGAUGGUGGAUAUAAUCGUGACGCUUAUCGUGGCGGACGAGAUAAUUUUGGUACCUUACGAUCACAUCAACCUCUACUACAGGGAGAUAAUUAUCGACGUGGUGAUGGUUUUGCCACAACAAGGAGUGUAAAAAAAGUCUACCUCUGAGAAACAAGUGAGGAGGGCGGGGGCGCCCAUCGUAGUAUGUCGCGCUUGCCGGGGGUCUCGCGACGUCAUCCGCAUCGUCAAGGGGGCUCAUCAAGCUCCUCACCCUCGCCCCCCUCGUCCAGUCCGUCACCACCACCCAACCAAUCGUCAGGAGGAGCGGACUGUCCACCAAGUUAUAUUUACAGAGCGUAAAUAUCAUAGACUUCUAUAUAAAUAUAUAUAUAUAUUUAAAAAAAAUGUUACAAAGCACAAAAAACGAAAAAAAAAAUGGGAAACUUAAAGAAAAAAAGGGAAGUUAAUACAUAACCUUACC